GAAAAACACUCAGCCUAAGCUGCAUGUCAGAGAGGUGAAGAGGGACUCUGCUAUCCUGAAGGAAAGAUAGGAACACCAUCCAGCUCCUCACAGGAACAUGCAGUUGCUUUGGCAGUACAAGUGAGGGGGAGCACUCCCAACAGAAGACGGAUAAACAUUUACCAGUGUUGCAACCAGCCUGGCGUAUCUGGGUCUUGGAAUAAUUAAACCAGCAAAAAGGGUCCCUGGUCACUGCUGGAGGAGGACACAAUUCACUAAAAGCCACAGGGUUAGAAUUUAACUUCUGUGACAUGAUCCCCACUUCUUAGAAUCUACACAUAGAAAACAUACCUCUCAUCUGACAGACUUGACAAGGGCUCUCAGAGCAGGCAGGUUUCAAGGGCAAAUGGCUGGUUUCCUCUCAGACCUGGUUCAAUACCGGAAGCUACUGCUAAUGAUUACGGUGCUAGGGCUUGGGGGAACCCACUUGUCUGGUUUUCAAAUGUCUGUCAUCAAUUACACAUCUCCGUACAUCCAGAAGUUUAUCAAUGAAACUUGGCUGGAGCGAUAUGGGUCUGUGCUGCAACAGGAGACACUCACAUUAUUGUGGUCCUUCAUCGUGUCUAUGUAUUGUGUAGGUGGAACAAUAGGCUGUCUGUGCAGUGGGUUCCUAACAGCAAAAUAUGGAAAGAAGAAAUGUCUGCUGUUCAAUGACGUGGUCCUCAUAAUAGCCACACUGAAUACUGGCUUCAGUAGGAGAGCCAAAUCUUUUGAGAUGAUCCUGAUUGGGCGCUUCCUUGAGGGCAUCGGUGCUGGAAUACACUUGAGUGCCCACGUUCAAUACGCUGGAGAGAUCUCACCGAAGAGGUUGCGUGGCUUUGUAAAUGUGAGCUCCUCUGUGUUUCUUGCAUUAGGAAAAGCUGUCGCAAGAAUUCUUGGAUUAAGAGAUCUUUUAGGAACUGAAGAUAUGUGGAAUGUGCUAUUGUCCUUCUCUGGGUUAGUGGCAUUGAUUCAACUGGUCUUUUUGCCAUUCUUUCCUGAGUCUCCUCCCUAUCUCUUGCUGCAAAAAGGAGACAAACCCGGUUGCUUGAAAGCCAUGAAGCAACUCUGGGGAGAAGGGAAUUAUCUCAUUGAAUUUGAUGACAUGAUGAAGGAAAAGGCUAUAACAAAAGGCACCAAAAUCAUGAAUGUCCUAGAGAUGCUGAAAGAACCAUCUGUGUAUCCGCAGCUGGGCACCAUGCUCCUUAUUUUACUGAGUCUGCAGCUCUGUGGCUUGAGUGCAAUCACAUUCUACACCUCAGAAAUUUUUCAGACAGCUAACCUGAAGGAAAGCAUAAUCCCAUAUGUAUCUCUAGGAGUUGCAGUUUCCGAGCUCAUCUCUCUCAUCUUCUGUAGCUCUAUUAUUGAUCGCUUUGGACGCCGGAUACUCCUGUGGGGUGGUUAUUUGCUGAUGGCACUGAUACUCACACUGCUUGAAAUAAGUCUUCUACUGAGCGAUCAGUUCCUCUGGAUGCGGUACUGCAGUGUUAUUCUUAUCUUUUUAUUCAUCAUUGCCUAUGGGUUAGGACCAGAUGUUCCUUGGUCCUUUUUGCUUCCUCAUCUUUAUUGCUGUCCUGGUCAUUUCAGCGGCUCUCAUCUACCUAUUCCUCCCAGAAACAAAAGGGAAAUCAGCCUCUGAAAUCACAGAGGAAUUCAAAACAUGCCAGGUUAAGAAGAAACGUCAUCAGAUUGUGGAGAAGAAUGCUACUGAAGAGAAGACAUUCUGCACCAAGCUCUGAUAGGUCACCAAGCAACUCCCACUGACAAAAAGCCCUGUCUCAAAAUCAAACUGAAAACUAAACCUUAACAUGGACUUUUCUCAAUAAAAUGUAACGCAAAAUGUAA